CGUUUGAGUUUCAAAAGGCACAAGUAUGGACAAAUGCUGACCCAAUAGUUCGCAAAUUAGACCCAGAAACCUAAACCAAUCUAAAAACUUCAUCUUCUUCUUCUUCUUCUAUUAGUUGUCAUGUCUAAUGAAACAAAAGAUAUGUACAACUACCUGUAUGCUUCAUCGUACCUGUACGAGGAUGAUCACAAGCACGACCACAAGAUCAUCAAUCCCCAUGAUUCUGUUCAAGGGCCGUCGGCUUAUGGAAACUUUAUACCAACAAGCUUCAAUGAUUGUCUCCACAGUUCAUCGGCGGACUACGAGUCGCUCGAGAAGGCUUUCGGUCUGUUCCCGUCUUCUCCCGAGGUUUUCUCUUCAAUCUAUCAAGAGGACAACGAUGUUAAACAAUAUCGACAUGACGAGGGUGGUAAUAUUGGCGCAGCUACUGAGAGUAUUAGGGUUUCUGUCUCUUGUAAUUCCUCGAAUGAAGCCGAUCAUCCCGACGAAUCCUGCAGAAUCCGCAGGAAAAGGGAGGCGAUGGCCGGUGGAGGAGGAGGUGAUGAAGAAGAUUGUGGAGGAGAAUGCUCUAAGAAAGCAGUUAAAGCGAAGAAGAGCGAGGAGACGAAGCGAAAAGAGCCUCGAGUAGCGUUUAUGACUAAGAGCGAAGUCGAACAUCUCGAAGAUGGUUAUAGAUGGAGAAAAUACGGCCAAAAAGCCGUCAAGAACAGCCCUUAUCCCAGGAGUUACUACAGAUGCACGACGCAGAGGUGCAACGUCAAGAAACGCGUGGAGAGAUCGUACCAAGAUCCAACGGUGGUUAUUACAACCUACGAGGGCCAACAUAACCACCCGAUCCCGACCAAUCUCAGGGGAAGCUCCGCCGCCGGAAUGUUCUCCGGCACCUCCGCCGAUCCAAGAACCUUAGCCCAUGAUUUCUUGAUGAGGAGGACGGCGGAAGGUCUCGUCCACGGCGGAGGUGCGGCAGCGCUGACGCAUGGAUAUGGUCAAAGUCAAAGCGGUGGUGGUGGUGGCGAUGAUGACAGUGUGAACGUGAACCCUAGUUCUCAACAGCACUCGGGUUUUUCACAAGGCAGUGAUUAUGGGCUUUUGAAGGAGAUUCUCCCCUCUCUUUUCUUCAAGCACGAGCCUUGACGAGACUUACUUACGUAUAUACAUAACUUAUAAUUAUAUGUUAUAUAUACACACACUAAUAGCUUUUUUGGUUUUGUUCUCUUUAGCAUGUUGAUAUUUUAGCUAGUGGGUCGAUGAUCUUGAGAGGAUUAUAU